AUUCAUAUUCCUUACCACGACCGUUGCUGUCGCUGAGAGCGCGUACACACGCCAGUAUUUCGCGUAAUCUUAUCAUAAUGCUCAUUGCUACACACGAUUUUUGGAUUGAGUUUAGUGCAUUAACAACAUAAUAAGUGUCGAUUUAUAAACGAUUAUUGCGUUGAGACGCUUAAUACCCAUACGAUAUGAAAACGCACGAAGGAUUCGUUGGUUUUGUCCUUUUUGUUUCACCGGUUCGUGAGUGGCUCCGAAGCAGGGUUACCUUUGCCAUGUGCAUCAGAUAGUGUUGUGCUCCUAUUAGUUUGUCUACAAACUAAUAUGCAAGUUCUAAGGUAGUGGUACGUACGAGGUGAGGCGUUGGUGAUUCAAUAGUGACAUGAAGGUGACUGUGUGUUUCGGUUCUGUGCGAGUGCUGGUGCCGUGCGGGGCUGGUGACUUGCUGGUCCGCGACCUGGUGCGGGAAGCGACACUGCGCUACAAGAAAGCCACGGGACAGGGCCCAGAAACAUGGGUGGGAGUAAGAGCUCUCCGCGCCAGCUCCGGAGGUAUCUUGGACUUGGACGACCGCGUGCGAGAUGUCGCCGACGAUCGCGAAACGCUGACCGCCGAGUGUAGCGGGCAGGCACCGCAGCCGCGGGCAGCACAGGCUGAUGGAGCGAGCGGUUCGUCCGCUGGCACAGCCUCCCCAGACAUGUUUCGAGGUGGUGGCGGCGUUGGUGGCAGCAUGCGCGUACCGAACACAGACUCUUGCGUGGAAGUCGGUGAAGCUGAUCUGGAGGACGGCGCCAACGGGCUACAAGUACGCAGGGGCAGUGAACCUACUUUGCAUCAGGACACACUACCACCUCAGAGAUCGGCGACAGAACAAACCAAACGCUGGUCAGCGGCGGUGGUCUGUCGUGAUGACAGUAGCCGUGUUACACAGAAAGUUUCCCCUCUCCCGGACGGCCGGCCUCCCGACCCGGACCGGCUUUCUGCCCAGCACUUCCAGAGACAUUCUAAUAGGCUAUCAAUGCAGUUUUCGGGCCCUGGGAGUGGAGUAUGGUUAGAUGCAGCAGAUAAAAUUCAAAGUUACGGUAGUAAAAGUCUUCCCCGGGAUGCUCGGAGGGAGCCUUUGGGUCAAGAUACGCCUCCUAACGAUCACCAGAAUCACAGAGUUGAAGAUAUGCUUCGAUGGGUUUCUGGUGUUAAUAGUGUUGAUAGCGCGCAUCCUGUGCAGGAACGUCCACUUGAUCUCUUACCUGAAGUGGGCCGCAGCGAACGCGCUAUUUCCGGACUAGAAGUCCCAGUGAGUCCCAGCAGUAAACCUUCGGCAGGUGUGACGCAAACAAUCGCCGUUACACUCGUCAAAGGAGAAAAGGGACUUGGAUUCACCAUUACUACCAGAGAUAAUCCCACCGGGGGACACUGCCCCAUAUACAUUAAGACUAUAUUGCCUAAGGGUGCAGCGGUAACAGACGGACGUCUAAGGGCGGGCGAUCGUCUGGUAUCAGUCAACUCUGUACCCGUAUCUGGUCUGACGCAGCAGCAGGUGGUCAGCUUGCUGCGGGCAACGCCUACACAUUCCGCUGUCGAUCUAUUAGUGGAGAGGCCAGUUUCACGUGCACAGAGGGUAGAACCCCAACAGAGUCCAGUCAAAUAUGUGGAAAAAGCAAUCGGCCCUCCGACGUCGACAGAAACAAAAGCCGAGAACGGUCGUGUAUCAACUAUCGUGAAUGCCUUGAACCAAAACAGUGCCAACAGUUCGUUGAGAGGAAGGAUACCGAAGAGUUCCUCCAAAGACAACCUAAUAAAGGAGCAGGGAAUAGACAACGGCGUGCAGGAAACGUUGAACUCUUCUAAUAACUCUGUGUUCGGUCUCCGGAACAGGCUUAUACUUCGGCUGGACGUGCCAGUACAUGACUCGGAGAAGGCAGGUCUGGGCAUCAGCGUGAAGGGCAAGGUGACAGUGGGCCCUGAUCCUCAGGACCUGGGUAUCUUCAUCAAGUCAGUACUGCACGGUGGCGCCGCCUCUAGGGACGGAAGGUUGCAUACAAACGAUCAGUUAUUAAGCGUGAAUGGCGUGUCGUUAGUGGGUCAGUCUAACGCGGAAGCCAUGGAAACUCUACGCCGAGCAUUAUUACAUGCAAGACCACACGUACACGGCAGCAUCUCACUUACUAUAGCACGGAGAAGCGAAAGCAUGGACAGCCUGGCCCGGUGGAAAGACGAUACGCCGCCCAACGGAAACGAUACUAGCAACUCUAACGAUAAUUUCAACACAGUCAUAUAUAAUGCCAAUCCAGACAAAGAGAACUCCAUAGAUUUUAAAGAAGGCUUCGAUAACCACGACGGACGAGGCAGCAAGAAACACGCUUCAAUCGUAACUAUAAACAACAAUAAUAGCUGGGUCUCCAACCAAUCGGAUGAUAGUAAAGGAUACUUAGAGAGAGACAAAGAAACGCCACAUGAUAAUAAACGUGAUAGUUUCGAAUGGAGCCGGUUAGACGGCUGGAACCCUGUGAUAGAUAGGCUUACGGGUCUAAGGAAUGAAAGUUAUUAUAUGGCUACGGGACAAGACGCGCCUGUUACUAAUGGACAUCAUUAUAGACAGAACUUACACGUUCACAUGUCUAGAUCGCCGCCUGCGCAUCACAACGUUAUCAUAGAAGAAGAUUAUGGCACCACUACAAGGGGUAGUGUAAGUGGCGGCGGAGGUGGUGAGUCAGGCAGUGAAUGUGGUACCGGGUUCAGUCGAGACGCCGUUGGCCGCCGCUCCAUGUCCGAGAAACGUCACGCCGCUAUGGACGCCAAGCAAACCGGCACUUACAAGAAGAUCAAGGAGAUCAAAGCCAUCAACUCACUCCAAGUGGGACCUUCGUUAGGAAUGCGAAAGUCCUCAAGUCUAGAAUCCCUUCAAACAGCGAUACAAGAAAACCAAAGGCAUCCGCGUAAUGAACCUAUUUAUGCGCGCGCGCACCCACCGCUAAAACAUUGGUUGACGGACGACAAUGGACCUGAUGGUAUAAUACGAGGCUCUCCACAACAAUCCUCUUUAUCACAUAAGAAACCAUCUUUACUGAAGUCUCUCUCUACCAUGUUUAGAAUCGGGAAGCCUCAUAAGAAACCAGAAUCAGAAGUAUACGGUCGGUCACAACCCGGACGGUCUUCGGAGAAAUCAUUGUCACGGGAAGCUCUUGAGAGGCAUAACCGGGAAGAAAGAAUAGACGAAAAUACACCGGCUAAUCAGAGGCUAGAAGCGCAGCAUUCACGUCAGAGUAGCGGCGAGCGACGUUCAGAACGAAGAUCAGCAGCGCCGCCAUAUAGAGCUCCUCCCGCUCGUACUGCGCCCGCGCAACAGGCAAUGGAUAGUGCAUGGGGACCAACAGGCCAUUAUGUCAAUUAUGACGAAAUACAACAAAAUCUCAACGUAAGGCGACAGAAGCUGAGCGAGGUACAGAUCGGUCAAAUGAGGAGGCAGGUGCAUGCGCAGAGAGCAAAAGCUGAGGAAGAGAGUCGUCGGGUAGGCGGCGCGUCGGCUGGCUACCACUCACAGCGCUCAUGUAGAGAAACCCGACCCCACUCUAACUAUUACGAUUACGACACGGGCCCGCCAAGAGGUCCGGGCAAACUAUCACACUACCACUGA